AUGUCACUAGGAGCCAAUGAGGAACUUGAAAACUGUCUGAAGCGCGGGAAAACGCGGGUGAUCUAGUCGUGAUUGACUUAUGUUUUGAAUCUGAUUGGUCAAGAAAGUGGCACGACUUUUCUAGACCAAUCACAGAAAAUAAAGCAAAACCAAAGCAUUGUGGGACUACUUUUAACAUUCAAUUGAACAUUUCUCUAUCAAGCCAUUCAAGACUAGGCACGAAUUAACAGAAUGGCGAGAAAAUUGGGAGAAAUGGAAAAUCUUUCUCGCCAAAACUGAAACCAACAGACAAAAAGCAGGAAAAUAUUACGACGGACACAAAAGCAGUGUCCCUCCGAGCCUCAACUAA